UGCGGGAGUUGCUGGGAGUGCGCGCGGUCAGAUCACAAGGCGGCGGCGGAGGAGGCCCAGAGACCUGAGCGCUGAGACCUCAGCCCGCGGCCUACGCUGAACCUUCUCGACCGGAGGACCAGGGAACCGCAAUCUUCAUCACAGAGGUACCGUGCUCUGCGCUCCUCGCCCAGCCCGGCCCAGUCCGCUGCUGCGGCGCCUCCUUCCUUCCUCCUUCCCUCGCUCUCUCGCUCGCCCGCGCCUUCCUUGCCCGCCUGCGUCACCGCGGCCGCCAUGGCUGAGAACGGCGAGAGCAGCGGCCCCCCGCGCCCCUCCCGCGGUCCUGCUGCGGCCCAAGGCUCGGCCGCUGCCCCGGCAGAGCCCAAAAUCAUCAAAGUCACUGUGAAGACCCCCAAAGAGAAAGAGGAGUUCGCGGUGCCUGAGAAUAGCUCGGUCCAGCAGUUUAAGGAAGCGAUUUCAAAACGCUUCAAAUCCCAAACCGAUCAGCUAGUGCUGAUUUUUGCUGGAAAAAUCUUAAAAGAUCAAGAUACCUUGAUCCAGCAUGGCAUCCAUGAUGGACUGACUGUUCACCUUGUCAUCAAAAGCCAGAAUCGACCUCAGGGCCAGUCCACCACACAGCCUAGCAGUGCCGCGGGAACUACUACUACCACCACGGCGUCGACUCCCAGGAGUAACUCCACACCUACUACCACAAAUAGCAGCCCGUUCGGGUUGGGGAGCCUGGGAGGACUUGCAGGCCUUAGCAGCCUUGGUUUGAGCUCGACCAACUUCUCUGAGCUCCAGAACCAGAUGCAGCAGCAGCUCAUGGCCAGCCCUGAGAUGAUGAUUCAAAUCAUGGAAAAUCCCUUUGUUCAGAGCAUGCUUUCGAAUCCUGAUCUGAUGAGGCAGCUCAUUAUGGCCAAUCCACAGAUGCAACAAUUGAUUCAGAGAAACCCAGAAAUCAGUCACCUGCUCAACAACCCAGAUAUAAUGAGGCAGACUCUCGAAAUCGCCAGGAAUCCAGCCAUGAUGCAAGAGAUGAUGAGAAAUCAAGAUUUGGCUCUCAGCAAUCUCGAAAGCAUCCCAGGUGGCUACAAUGCUCUACGGCGCAUGUACACUGACAUUCAAGAACCCAUGCUGAAUGCCGCACAAGAGCAGUUUGGGGGUAAUCCAUUUGCCUCAGUGGGGAGCAGUUCCUCCUCGGGGGAAGGUACUCAGCCUUCCCGCACAGAAAAUCGGGAUCCACUGCCCAAUCCAUGGGCGCCACCGUCGACUACCCAGAGUUCUGCGACCACCAGUACAACCACAAGCAGUGGCACUGGGUCUGGCAGUAGCUCCAGUAAUACUACUGGGAACACUGUGGCUGCAGCUAAUUAUGUCGCUAGCAUUUUCAGUACCCCAGGAAUGCAGAGCCUGCUGCAACAGAUAACUGAAAACCCCCAGCUGAUUCAGAAUAUGCUGUCCGCACCCUACAUGAGAAGCAUGAUGCAGUCGCUGAGCCAGAAUCCAGAUUUGGCUGCACAGAUGAUGCUGAGUAGCCCACUGUUUACUGCAAAUCCUCAGCUGCAGGAGCAGAUGCGUCCACAGCUCCCAGCUUUCCUGCAGCAGAUGCAGAAUCCAGACACACUAUCAGCCAUGUCAAACCCAAGAGCAAUGCAGGCUUUAAUGCAGAUCCAGCAGGGGCUACAGACAUUAGCCACUGAAGCACCUGGCCUCAUUCCAAGCUUCACUCCAGGUGUGGGGGUGGGGGUGCUGGGAACCGCCAUAGGCCCUGUAGGCCCAGUCACUCCCAUAGGCCCCAUAGGCCCUAUAGUCCCUUUUACCCCCAUAGGCCCCAUUGGGCCCAUAGGACCCACCGGCCCUGCAGGGCCCCCUGGCUCCACUGGCUCUAGCGGCCCCACUGCACCCACUGUGUCCAGCUCUGCACCCAGUGAAACCACCACUCCAACAUCAGAAUCUGGACCCAACCAGCAGUUCAUUCAGCAAAUGGUGCAGGCUCUGGCUGGAGCAAAUCCUCCACAGCUGCCGAAUCCAGAAGUCAGAUUUCAGCAGCAACUGGAACAGCUCAACGCCAUGGGGUUCUUAAACCGUGAAGCAAACUUGCAGGCCCUAAUAGCAACAGGAGGCGACAUCAAUGCAGCCAUUGAGAGGCUGCUGGGCUCCCAGCCAUCGUAAUUACAUUUCUGUACCUUGAAAAAAUGUAUCUUAUUUUUGAUAAUGGCUCUUAAAUCUUUAAACACACACAAAAUCGUGCUUUACUUUCAUUUUGAUUCUUUUAAAUCUGUCUAUUAUAAGUCUAAUAUGAUGCAUUUUAAGGUGGAGUCCCUCCCUCCCUUUUUUCUUUUCUCCCCCUUCCUGCCCCUCCCUCCGCCCUUCCCUUUCCCCCCCUGCCUUCUCCCCUCCUUUGUUUCCAUCCUUCCUUCUUUCCUUCCUUUUUUUUUUCUUUUGGUUUCCUUCCUUCUGUGUUUCAAAUGGUGGGAAUCAAUGCUGUUUCACUCAAAGGUGUUGCAUGCAAACACUUCUCUUUAUUCUGCAUUUAUUGUGAUUUUUGGAAACAGGUAUCAGCCUUCACAGUUGGGUGAACAAGUUUUGUCCUACAGAUGUCCAAUUUAUUUGCAUUUUAAACAUUAGCCUAUGAUAGUAAUUUAAUGUAGAAUGAAGAUAUUAAAAACAGAAGCAAAUUAUUUGAAGCUCUAAUUUGUGGUACAAUAUUGCUUAUUGUGACUUUGGCAUGUAUUUUUGCUAGCAAAAUGCUGUAAGAUUUAUAUCAUUCAUUGAUCGUUUUUGCUAUAUUUGUACACAGUACAGUAAGCACAAUUGGAACUGUACAUCUAGAAGUAUUACUGUAGAAUCUGAGCAGAGUAUGUGUAACCCAAAUAAGAAAGAAUACAAGAAAUAUUUCUGGAGCUAGAUAUGUCUCAUGAUUUUGUAGAAUCUUACAGCAUAUUUGAUAAAUUUCUCAGUGAAAAAUGUUGGCUAGGCAAGUUCAGUUAAAAUAUAGUAGAAAUGUUUAUCCUGGUAUCUCUAAGUAUACAUUUAAUUGUACAGAAAACUUACAGUGUAACAUUGUGUCAACAUUUGCAGAUUGACUGUAUAUGAAAUUAAUCUUUGUGCAGCCUGAAGGAUCAGUGUAGUAAUGCCAGGAAAGUGCUUUUUACCUAAGACUUCCUUCUCAGCUUCUCCCAUAAAGAGACCCUAAUAUGCAUUUUGAUUUGUAAUUGGAAAUGUAACUUUUACUGAAAGUGUCAUGUGAUGUUUGCAUUACUUUUAACUGCUAUGUAUAAAGGAAAGUGUAUCUUUUGACUUUAUUGGUUAUUUCUCUUGUGCACAGGGAAAAUGCAUUAAAAAUGACUAAAAAAAAUAAAAAAAUUAAAAAUGGAUAAAUCUUCUUCUUUUUGCCUUCUGGCCCUAGGAUCAUGUUUAGAAGGGUAUUCCCACCCCAAGAUUAUAUAAAUCUUAUCCUGUAUUUCCCUUUCAUGGUUUAAUUUAAAUUUUUUGCCCUAUCUGGAAUUACUUUAAUGUAUGGAUUUAGGUGUUCUAACUUAUUUUUCUCAAAAGGUUAAUCAGUUGUUAGCCAAUAUUUUCUCCUUUCCCAAAUUGAAGUAUACAUAUUCAUACUUGUUAUGUUUGGAUUCUCUUUAGUUCCAGUGAACAUUGUAGCCCUAGUAAACCAGCCUAUACUUUUGAGUUCAUACCUGUUAGGCAAGUCCUCUGUUGAUCAUCUUUAUUUUUUACAAUUUUCUAAUGAUUCUGACAUAUUUGUUGUAUCAGUUGAACAUUACAUUUAAUAGGCUUUCCACAAAAGAUAAAUUGGGAAUUUGGGAUUGUUUUAAAUUGAUUAUAAUAGUGAGCACUGCAGAAUUGCAUUGCUUUCCAGAAAUAUUAUAUAUUGCCUCAUUAUUAAGAACUUUUUAUAUUAUUUGAGAGUUUUAUUUAUUAAGUCCUGCAUAAUUUGUGAUAAAUGUAUUCCUAGAUAGCAAAGACAUAAAUGGGAGUUUCUAUCUGGUUAUUUUUGCCAUAUAGGAAAAUUUAUUUUCAUAGAUUAUUUAAAUUAGCAGUUAAUCAAAACUUAUUAAUUUCAUAGGUACUCAGUUGAUCCUUUUGAGCUUCUCAUGGUAAGCAAUCAUCAGUGAUAAGUUAUAAUUACAUAUUCUUUUCAAAAUUUAUAACAUAAUGUCUGACUGCAUGGUUAAACAUUCUAUAACAGUGUUAAAUAAUAAAGGUGGCAGUGGCA